AUCAGACCCUUUUUUUGUCUCUCGAUUGCUGUCUCCCGACCAAACUCCGAUGUGUUCCGUUAUCAGCGACCUAAAGCCUGCCAUUCCAGCACCUGUCUUGCUAGGGAUCGGUGGAUAGUAUACGAUUCAGAAAGCAGACAAGGACAUAGGAGGAGAGAGAGCUCUAGAGAGACAGCCAGGGAUAGGCACAGAGAGCUUUGAAGUAAUUGGAUUCAAUGGACGAAAUGCUGCUGUUGACAAGAAUUCUCUUGGUGGGCUUCAUCUGCGCUCUUUUAGUCUCCUCUGGGCUGACUUGUGGACCAGGCAGGGGCAUUGGAAAAAGGAGACACCCCAAAAAGCUGACCCCUUUAGCCUAUAAGCAGUUUAUUCCCAAUGUGGCAGAGAAGACCCUAGGGGCCAGUGGAAGAUAUGAAGGGAAGAUCACAAGAAACUCCGAGAGAUUUAAAGAACUAACCCCAAAUUACAACCCUGACAUUAUUUUUAAGGAUGAAGAGAACACGGGAGCUGACAGACUGAUGACUCAGCGCUGCAAGGACAAGCUGAACGCUCUGGCGAUCUCGGUGAUGAACCAGUGGCCCGGGGUAAAGCUGCGGGUAACCGAGGGCUGGGACGAGGACGGCCACCACUCCGAGGAGUCCCUGCACUACGAGGGCCGCGCCGUGGACAUCACCACCUCGGACCGGGACCGCAGCAAGUACGGCAUGCUGGCCCGCCUGGCCGUCGAGGCUGGCUUCGACUGGGUCUACUACGAGUCCAAGGCGCACAUCCACUGCUCCGUCAAAGCAGAAAACUCAGUGGCGGCCAAAUCUGGGGGUUGCUUCCCUGGCUCGGCCACGGUGCACCUGGAGAAAGGCGGGACCAAGCUGGUGAAGGACCUGAGGCCUGGAGACAGGGUGCUCGUGGCCGACACGGAAGGCCGUCUGCUCUACAGCGACUUCCUCACCUUCCUCGACCGCGAGGACGGCUCCCACAAGCUCUUCUACGUCAUCGAGACUCGGCAGCCCCGGGCCCGGCUGCUGCUGACGGCCGCCCACCUUCUCUUCGUGGCCCCCCAGCAGAACCAGUCUCAGGCGGGCACCGCCAGCAGCCGGGCGCUGUUCGCCAGCCGCGUGCGGCCGGGCCAGCGCAUCUUCGUGCUGGGCGAGGGCGGGCAGCAGCUGCUGCCGGCGGCCGUGCACCGCGUGUCGCUGCGGGAGGAGGCGUCGGGCGCCUACGCGCCGCUCACCGCGCAGGGCACCAUCCUCAUCGACCGCGUGCUGGCCUCGUGCUACGCCGUCAUCGAGGAGCACAGCUGGGCGCACUGGGCCUUCGCUCCCUUCCGCCUGCUCCAGGCCGUGCUGGCCGCCCUCUGUCCCUCCGGGGCGGGGUCCCCGAUGGAAGAUCCCACGGCCCCCGGCAUCCACUGGUACUCUCGGCUCCUCUACCGCAUCGGCAGCUGGGUGCUGGAUAGUGACUCUCUGCACCCGCUGGGCAUGAUGGUGUCAUCCAGCUGAGGG